CUGCGGAAGGGCACAGCACAAAGUCAGUUGUACGGCGUAGUAAUCCGCCAGCUUGUGAUUCGGCUGCUAAUGACUACGUGUAUCAAACUCUGGGUUCCUUUCACGUGUUCUACACGCGAGUGAUCUUUUUCCGGUCAACAUGGCGCCUCCCGUGCCGCUGCUGUCAGUCAGAGGUUCUGAUGGAAUCCAGUUGGUCCAAGGUCCUCCGAAGUUUACGGACUCUGAGCCAUUUCAGAGAGAUCCAAGUAAGAACUGCAAGGUGUCCAAGUUCUCCAAAGAUGGAAAGCUGUUUGGAUGGUGCAAUGGAGAAGUAAUAAAUAUAGUGAACUGUGCCGACAGCAAGUUACUGCACUCCUUUGAUCUGCCUAAAGUUGUUGGCCUUGAAUUCUCUCCAAAGAACACAAUACUAGCAACAUGGCAGACAUAUACAACUGGCAAAGAUGGCACCGCGGGAACACCGAACCUGCAACUGUACGAUCUGAAAUCUGGAAAGUGUGUCAAAUCCUUCAUCCAGAAAAAAAUGGAAAACUGGAGUCCUUGCUGGUCUGACGAUGAAAGUAUAUGUGCAAGGAAUGUAAACAACGAAGUGCACUUCUUUGAAAACAACAAUUUUGAUACCAUUGCCAAUAAAUUACACUUACAGAAAGUAAGUGAUUUUGAGUUGUCACCUGGAGAACAUCCCUGCAAGGUAGCAGUUUAUGUCCCUGGUAGUAAAGGGGCUCCAUCUUUUGUGAGGCUGUACCAGUACCCAAACUUCUCAGGGCCACACUCUGCACUGGCCAAUAAAAGCUUCUUUAAAGCAGACCGAGUAACUAUGUUGUGGAAUUCUAAAGCCACUGCAGUGUUGGUGACUGCCAGUACAGAUGUGGACAAAACCGGGGCUUCUUACUAUGGAGAACAGACACUGCACUACAUUGCUGUAAAUGGAGAAAGCGCUGUAGUGCAGCUGCCAAAGAAUGGCCCCAUUUACGACGUAGCUUGGAACAAAAAUGCCACAGAAUUCUGUGUGGUUUAUGGAUUCAUGCCAGCAAAAGCAACUGUAUAUAACCAGAAAUGUGAUCCAAUAUUUGACUUUGGAACUGGCCCUAGAAAUGCUGUAUUCUACAGCCCCCAAGGACACAUACUGGUGCUUGCUGGAUUUGGAAACUUGAGAGGACAAAUGGAAGUAUGGGAUGUAAAGAACUAUAAGUUAAUAUCCAAGCCAACAGCUUCAGACGCUACUUUUUUCUCCUGGUGCCCCAAUGGGGAGCAUAUUAUCACUGCCACAUGUUCUCCAAGGUUACGUGUUGGAAACGGCUACAAGAUUUGGCACUAUACAGGCACACUGCUACACAAACAUGAUGUACCAGCCAAUUCAGAGUUAUGGCAAGUGUCCUGGCAGCCCUUUCUGGAAGGAGUCUUUCCAGCUAAAGCUAUUGUUUACCAGGCAGUGCCAGGUGACCUGCCCACUCAGGAAACAAAGCCAGCUGAAGCCUACAGACCUCCCGCCUUAAGGAACAAGCCUGUGUCAAGCUACAAGCUGCAUGAAGAUGAACCACCCCAGACCAUGAGGCCCCAAUCAACAGAGAAGCCCAUGUCCAAAACUGCCUUAAAGAACCAAAAGAAAAGAGAAGCAAAGAAAGCUGCAAAGCAGGAAUCCAAGGUGGAUGAACCUGCUGAGCCAGAUUUAAAAAGUGAUCAGAAUAAUACUCCAGCUUCAGUGACUACAGGAGAUCCUGAAACCGACAAAAAGAUAAAGAACCUGAAAAAGAAGCUGAAAGCAAUUGAACAACUGAAGGAGCUGCAAGCAUCUGGCAAAGCACUUGAAAAGAAUCAGAUUGAGAAGAUCCAGAAGGAAAAUGUUCUUCUAAAGGAAAUAGAAGAUUUGGAGCUUGGUGUGUAACAUUAGUUAAUGGAAGGAAAACUGUGUCCAUCACUGCUAUAGUUUUAUACUAUACAAGUGAUUUCAUUGUGCCGGAGAAUCUUGAAAUCAUUGUAUUUAUAUUUAACAAAUACAGACGGAGAGUGUCCUAGAAUGCUUUUAUAACGUGUAUAAAAGGAAAAAAAUCUACAUGGAAA